AUGCCUUCCAGAUCGGACAUCACAUACUUUGGUGCAGGCCCUGCGCUUCUGCCCACCGAAGUCCUCGAGACGGCUGCAAAGGCCCUCGUUGAUUAUGAAAACACUGGCCUGGGUCUUGCUGAGCACUCUCAUCGUUCAGAGCUGGCUACCAAUAUCAUCAACGAGGCCAAGGCUGAUCUCGCUUCUUACAUUGAUAUUCCUGAAGACUAUGAGGUUCUUUUCAUGCAGGGUGGUGGCACUGGAGAGUUCUCCGCUACCAUGUACAACCUUGUCGGUGCAUGGGUGACCAAGAGGAAGGCCCAGGUUGUCGCCAGCCUUAAGGUACCUGAGGAUGAUCCUCGAGUGGAGCAGGAACUCAGGAAUGCUGUUGAGAAGGAGCUUAAGGUCGACUACAUCGUCACUGGUGGCUGGUCUCAGAAGGCUUCUGAGGAGGCUGCGCGACUACUUGGUCCCGAGCACGUCAAUAUCGUUGCUGAUGCCCGCAAGAUCAACGAUGGCAAAUACGGCAAGAUUCCUGAGGAGAGCACAUGGAAUCUCUCCAACAAUGCUGCCUUAGUUUACUGGUGUGAUAACGAGACUGUCGAGGGUGUCGAAUUUCAGGGUUUCCCCCAGUCUCUGGCCCCUGGCCCUGACGGCAAGGGUCCCAUCGUUGUAUCAGACAUGUCUUCCAACAUUCUCUCAAGGAGAAUACCUGUACAAAACUUCUCAGUUAUCUUCUUCGGCGCUCAGAAGAACCUUGGAUCCACUGGUAUCACUGGUGUCAUUAUCAAGAAGAGUCUUCUCCCCCCCAAGACUCCUCAGCCUUCUGCUGCCCUACUUCGAAAGCUCGGCCUUCCUAUUCCUCCUAUCAUCUUCAGUUACGAGACUGUCGCCAAGAACAACAGUCUCUACAAUACCCUUAGCAUCUUUGAUGUCUACAUUGCUGGCCAAGUCCUCAAGAAGUCUAUUGCUACCUAUAACAAGGUCGAGGGACAGGAGGCUGUUUCCGCCAAGAAGGCUCAGAUCAUUUACGCCGCUCUGGAUGCCCACCCCGAUGUGUACAAGGUGGUCCCUGAUAAGUCUGUCCGCUCGAGGAUGAACAUCUGCUUCCGCAUCACCAAGAAUGGUGACACUGAUGCCACUGAGAAGGCUUUCCUCAAGGAAGCCACUAGUGUAGGCCUGACUGGGCUCAAGGGCCACCGCAAUGUUGGUGGUAUUCGCGCCAGCAGCUACAACACCAUUCCUCUGGAGGGUGCCGAGAAGCUUGCCAAGUUCAUUGAAACAUUUGCAACUUCUUAA